UAGAACUGCGGGUGACAGCAAUUUCAAACUCAGAAUGUUGUGCAAUCCAAUAUAUUCACAUUACAGAAAUGUCGCUGGAUAGCUUCGUCAAAAAGACGACAAGGAAAAGACCGUUGAGUGAUGACAGUCAUGAAUGUGUCGGAGACAGUGAAAACAAGAAAACAAAACACGAUCCGCUCAAAGGAAGUGUUGUCAAAGACAGCGAUGUGUCUAAAGGCAGUGAAGAUACGAACUUAAAAGACAGCGAUGUGUCUCAUUCCAGUCUCACUGUUGAACCUGAAGAUUCUAACAUAUCUGAUGAUAAGUCAAAUGACUUAGAACAGACACGUGGAGCUAUACACAGUGUAGAUGUAAGUCGCAGUGAAGUCGGAGACGGUCAUGCCGACGUCGACGCACAGUCGAAGCUGUCGACGAUAGUUGCCCCGAAAUCGGAUCUGAAAUGGGAAAGGAUCACUCGCAAGAAUUUAGAUUGUGACUACCUGCAACUGUAUUCUCGAAGUGAGGCAGACGAGUUACUUGCGGAAUGCGAGAGGGUGAUUGAAUAUAACUCUGGACAUCUUGCAAGGGUGCAGAUCUUUGGCAAGUGGCAUGACAUUCCAAGAAAACAGGUUGCCCAUGGUGACGCUGGCCUGACUUACUCCUUCUCUGGCAACACAGUCCAUGCCAAGCCGUGGCUACCACUGCUGGACUCCAUCAGAGACAAGAUCUCAAGCAUCACUGGGAAGGAGUUCAACUUCGUUCUCAUCAACAGAUAUAAGGAUGGAUGCGACCACAUCGGGGAACAUAAAGAUGAUGAGAAGGACCUGGCCAAGGGACACCCGAUUGCAUCACUGUCUCUGGGCCAGCCUCGGGACUUUGUGUUCAAGCACCAGGAUGCUCGUGGUAAGAAUGCAUCACGUAAAAUCAACCCGGUCAAGAUUGAGCUUCAGCAUGGUUCUCUUCUGAUGAUGAACCACCCCACAAACAGCUUCUGGUACCACACCCUUCCCCAGAGGAAAAAACUCUCAGGGGUCAGGGUCAAUAUGACUUUCAGGAAGAUGGUGGUCAGAUCAAAGACUGAGAAGAAAUGAUCUUGUGUCAGGAAUUACCCCAAUACUCAUCUUGACUACCAUUUUUCAAUAAAAUAGUUUUAGAGAUUAUUUAAUCCAAUGGCAACACAUUUUCUCGAAAACUGUUUUCUACCCACUGAUGUAACCAGGUCAUGAUCAAUUUGAAAAUUUGUGUUCUUCUUAUGACAUUCAUUGUUAUACUCUAAAAAGGUCGGGAGUAUAUAGUUACACCAAGGAAUUAUAUCUGUCCAAAGACAAUUUUGCUCAAAUAGUAAUGUGAAAACUAUUGGUUUGAUUGUUUUCAAAUAUUGGGACUUGCAGCGCAAAGUUCCACUGUCAUAUUUAACUAAUUUUCAAGAAUUAGGGCAAUUUAAAAAUUUGAACUUCGAAUAGUUUGUUCAACCAAUAAAGUAUUGGUCAAAAUGUUUCCAAAUUUGGAAAUGUUUCUUUUAGUCUAAAGAUGUUUGUGCCCAUUUUCUAAUUUUUGAAAUUUACAUAUUUUGAACUUU